UGUUUUGGCUAUAAUACUUUCUGUCAUUUUCUCUGUUGCCAACAAUGACUCGGUAGAGCAUGAUGGCGGCGCCCAAUGUAUCUGGGAGAUACGAAGUCUUAUUGUCGUGGUCUUUCAGAUUGGCGUCGCCGCUAACUUUGCCGUCACAGCGUAGUAGAUAACGCCGUAUUGUUGUUCUGCUUCUUUCGUGGAAGAAGGUAGUGUGUGUCGCGUAUUUCGCAAAACAUUUUAAAGAUAAACGAAUAUUUCUUUGACGUGAAUAGGCAAGAAUCGUGUAAAGAAAUUUGCAAAGUGAAUUGAAAUAAAGGUUUUCAAGUGCUUAUUGUGCACAUAUGUAAUUAUAAAACGGAUAUAAUUUAAAAUUUAAAGUCGAAAAGCAUUGAUUAAAUCGCAAAAUAUAAAAAUGGUGAUAAAUACGUAACAUUAUCGGCGAAAUGUGAAGUGCUGUGAAUAAUAAAAACCUAUGUAUUCGCAAGUACAGAAUAUGCUGAAGUUUGCAUUACAUACUUUAGCUUAAGUGGAUGAAAUAAUGUAUAGAAAAAUGUGAUAAGUAAAGUUUUGCGAAAAAUAUGUGUAGUAUGUGUGUGUUUACAGCAAGCAAAAGAAAAUCUUUGGCGAUAUUUUACACACUUAAGUGCCAGACGUACUUACAUACAUACAUCGGCGGAAACAAACACAAAUGCGACAGUAAAUAAAAAUAAAAAUAAAACAAAAAUAGCAAAAGCAAAUGCAAUACAUAUGCGCGUAUGUAUGCAGGAUAAAAAGAAAAGUUUUGGAAUAUCAACCAGCAAGUUUUAUAUGAAAAAAGAAGACAAGGGUGUUUAAAAUUGCGACUUGGUCACCUUAUUUGUUUGUAGUGGUGUUUGUGCUUCCUCCUCCCUUUCGCUGAAUGUUCUGUCAGUAUUUUCGACUAGCGUCGACAAACAGACGAGACAUAUGUCUGCCUGUACGUCUCCAAUAUAUUUGUGUACAUACAAUUGUAAAUACUUUUUCUUGCAUUUUCUAAUCAGAAAAGCAGCAAAUAAAUAAAGUGCAAGAACAACAAACACAAGGCAAAGCAAAAAAGAACCGAACGCAACGAAAUUUCGACUGAGAGAGUAAAACACGCGCAAGCUACCAACGCGGCCACCGUUGCCGAUUCCGUCCCCAAUCACACCAACUUAGAAGGCAUUAAGCCGUACAGCAUCGCAGCCACUGCUUCGCUCUUUGGGGCCACUCAAACAAUUCGUAUCGGUAUACAUUAUCGCGUUCUCUCGUUAGUACAACAACUGGCACAAGAGUGUUCGGAACGAGUGAAAUAAAGAAAAGAAAAGGAGAGCAGCAGAAGUAGCAGAAUCCAGUUGGAUUUUUGACAUUUCAGCCUCAGAGCGUCAGAAUUUGGUCAUCAGUCGAACGGUCAGUCGCGAGGUCGUUUGUUCAGCGCACUAUUCUGCAUGCGCAUAUUAUCUAGAUACAUUCAAACGUACAAACGCAUAAAUUUUUACUCACACACACAUAUAUAUAUAUAUAUAUAUAUACAAAUGUUUGUAUGUAUUCGCGUAUGAAUAUACCUAUUUGUGGAGAUAUGUCGCACAAAUAGGCAGUGAAAUGUGCAGUGAUUGCGAAUUUGCAAUGCAUGUGAAGAUGUCAUAUAAUGUUUUCAGAAAUUACUAAAAGUUGGUGUUUUGAAUAGUAAAAGCAUCCCAGUGAUAAAUACAAAAUUUGUAUAUUAUGUGAAUAGGUUGCUCAAAGCAACAAAUUAUAAUAUAAUAAUUAAAAGGAGUAAAAAAAAAAAAUAAAAUAAAGACAUGGGGAUUAAAGAAAUAUUUCUAAUUUUUGCUGUGCCUGUGAGUUUAAAAAUAGGCACAGUUUUUUAAUUAUUUGUUUUUAUUUAGUUGCCAGCGCUGCUUUGAAAUUUCGUCGCUGCCAAAAACCGGGCUGUUUGUAAAGUGCGCAAAGCAGCAAAUAAAACGAAAGUUGCAAAAGCACAGAAAAGCAGGGGGUGGAAGAGAGUGUCAGCAGUAGUGAAGCGGUCUUGGUGCUGUAUGUCGCUUUUACGAAUGAAAGGACUGACUACGAAAAUGCCGUCGGAAUUGUAUGCGAAAAUAAUUAAAGCAGUGAAAAAAUUAAAGUAAUAUAUGUAAAGAAAAUUUGGUAUAUACAAAUUUUCAAAAAUAUAACAUAAAAGCAUAAUAAAGCACGUAAUUAAUAAAUAAAAGAAAUAUAAUAGAAGAUUAAACUUGUGCCACUGCAUAAUGUGCCAAAGUGUAAACAAAUCGAUUAAAAUUGUCCAAGUGAAGAAGAGUGCGAUUAAAGCCGAAAUUUUUGGAUGUGAACCUUUGUAAAAAGUUAGAGUCGGUAAAUUAUACUGUUGAGUUGGUGUACGACCUGAAGUUACUCAGAUUUUUAUUAGCCUCUGAGACUGCCGCUUCAGCACUACCCUCGUCAGAAGGAAGUGUCCAAAAACGGAUAAUAAAAAAAUGACUGAGUACGUUACGCCCAAUAUUCACACAGUGCUCAAAAAGUAUCAGACAAGUGCACCAAAAAGUUUGCAGGGACCUGGUCAUGCGUUACCCGUUGCCGGCUGCCAGACCGGCCCCAAUUGCCCGCUUGAUGCCACUUUGACUGGCGUAAGUGGCAGCGGUGGCAACCACACAGACCUAAACACUGGUGGCGUUCGUAAUCUUUGUUCCGGGCACCUGUCGGUUGGGAAUUUACCAUCAAACGGUUCCUCCAGUGGUGUCCAUAAAAUAUCGUCUAACUGCCCGCAAAUAGUAUCAUCACAAUCUUGCUUGAAUUCACCAAUUGCGGGUUCUGCCUUGCUACCAGUCGCACCGCUAAUUAAAAAAGAAGUACUCAGCUCACCCGAACCACAUGAGCUGGCUGAAAUAUUGCCAUCGCAAUCGUUGCCACUGUCACUUCCAUUGUCGAUGUCGUCACAAACAACACAACCUCAAUCCCAAACAGUUCCUUCACAGCCUCCUGUUACCACAGUUAAAAUCAUACCACCCCCACCACCGGAGUUGUCACAACCCAUCUUUACCGCACCAGACUCGGGGUCUGGUGUAUUAUACGAAACGCGAUUGGAAGGAAAAACUAUUGGUUGUUUCUCGCUUGGCGGAGAAAUGCGUUUGUGUCUGCCUCAGUUUCUAAACAAUGUGCUAGCCGAUUUUACACUCGAUCAAAUAAAUCGAAUAUUUGAUGAAUUGGGCAUCUAUUGUUCUCAAUGUUCACCUGAUCAACUGUUGGAAUUUAAAGCUGCAAAAAUUUUGCCCACGGAUGUAAAGGCAUCCGGUCUGAUAACACGCACUGAUGCAGAGCGUUUGUGUGCAGCACUUUUACAUCGGGUAGAUCGAAAUAAUUACAUUAGCGAUGACGACAUCCCGAAAGGUGCCAUCUCCUUUAAGGUAUAUCACCGCUGUUUCGGGAAAUGUGAUGGUAUCUGUACACCCGAACUUUACUCAUACACAAAGCCAACUUGCAUUAUGUGUCUGGAAUGUAAGGGAUGGUUUUCGCCACAGAAGUUUGUGGGCCAUGUACAUCGGGAAGUCGAAAAUCGAACAUGUCAUUGGGGCUUUGAUUCACGCAAUUGGCACGACUAUCUACAUGUGGCCUUGGAUGUCGAAAAUCGAGAAAAAUAUCAGAAGAUUUUGGAUGAGCUGAAGGAGGUCGAGAUCAAGGAAGCACUAAAGGCUCAAAAUGAAAUACUUUACAUGAAACGAAAGCAUGCAUUACAUGUGGAUGACGAAAUGCUCACUUCUCAGAUGGGACAUUCACUGUCAAGUAUGGCACCGCCACCACACCAACAGGUGUCUCAUAUGAACGAUAAGCAGCGCACUGAAAUGCUUGCUGUUCCAACGAAGAAAGCGAAAGGUCUUGAAGACGCGGCUGCCUAUCAGCUGGAAUAUCAGCACUAUCAAUCGCUUAUGUAUGCACAUUGUGCACAGCAGCAACGGAUCGGCUCAAUGUCAGCGUUUAGACCAUGGGCACCGAAAUCUUUCCUUCAUCCAGCUGCUACUUAUAACGCGGUAUCAGCAUUCUCCACACUACCCUAUUUAAGUCAAGAACCACCAGUGUUGCAAAAUCCCGAAAGAGUAGUGCGUAGCACAGAUCGCGAACGUUUCGAACGCACCUAUCAGCCGAAUGUGGCUCUUGUGCCACGAAAAUGCGUAUUGGCUAAGGAUAGAGAAAAGGAGCACCGUGAGUACAGGGAACGAGAAAGAGAUCGCGAACGCAUUGAACGAGAACGAGAUCAGGAGCGUUCAAGAGAACGAGAGAAGCGUGAGCAACAUGAACACGAGAGGUGUCGAAGAGAACGAGAAAUACAACAGUUUCAACAGCAACAUUUACUCCAGCAUCAAACUAUGCAACAGCAAAAAAAAUCUGCACAAGAACUACAAGAACAAGUUUCAUUGACAAGUUUGUGCCCCACUGAACUAAAAAUAAAACAAGAACGUGCCAAUACACCGAAUGAGAUACCGCAGUCGCCACCGCUUAUUAAUACCAGCGGUGGCGACGAGGAUCCUUCCGAUUGCCGUAUCAAUAUACCCAUUAGCGAUAAUGUUGCGGCUAUGCCAAUAGUGUCGCCUAUGUCGAUGACCAUGAACCAACAACAACGAAAAAUGCUAAGCAAUAACAAUAGCAGCAGUAAUAGCAAUAGCAAUAGUAAUAGCAGCAGUUGUCAUAGUGAUGCAGACGUUAUGCAUCAACAACAGCAGCAACUUCAAGAGCAGCAGCAGCAGCAGCAAUUGCAACCUCGACGACAUUCACUUUAUACCUCAAACUCUUCUGCUAGUUCAACAUCGUCGACGGCAUCUACGACGCCCCCACAACAACAAUUAUUGCCUGCUCACCUGCCCCCUUCAAAACAAUAUCAACAGGAACACAAGCAUGCCCAAACCUUGGUACAUCAGGAGCAGCAAACCCGUUUAGGACAAUCGCCACGUACGUGCCCUCUCUCUCCAACUGAUUCGCACAGUUCUCAAGAAUUUUCCGGUUCGAACGAGAUCACAUCUUCCACAUCACCUGCCCCAUGCAACGAUAGCAAAUAUAUUAGCGGCGACAAUGAGCAGUGCUACCUUCAUAGACGAGAAUCCAGCCGAGAUCAACCAAAUCAGCCGCUUAUUGCUACGGUGAAUCAGCAUGCCAAGCUUCUGCCAACACCGAUAACAGCAAAUUUUACUGCCAACAACAAUAGUAACCACAACGAAUUGCAUAGCCGAAUUCGGAUAAGCAAAAACUUAAUCAAUCGGUCGAAUAUAAUAAGAUCGCCAACACCUCCACCAUCACUACCUCCAACAGCUGCAUUGUCCCAACUUCAUACACAACAAGAACCCAAUAACACACCACAACAACAACAGCUACAACCCCAACUGCAAAUAUUGCAACAGCAUCAGCAACAGUUUGAAUUUUAUAAGCACAAUCAGCGAGCUUACGAUCAACAACGUCAGCAGCAACAACACCAAGCGCUAUCAACAAUACAACACCAACACAUCCUCAUCCGCUCUCAACCAAAUUUACAGCAUGUAAAACAUUCGCCUUCACAGUCUUCCACUACAACAGGGCUAAAUUUGAGCACCCACUCCAAAAAAGUUCUAAUGCGGGCAGAUGUGAUGGAUGCACAAAAUCAGCAAAAAUCCCAGAUUCAAAGCUCAUACAACGGACUGCCGUACGUCGGCUCCGAAUUCGAGCUGUCAACAGACACUGACGAUGACAGUGUGAAUGGAGAGGCGGAUAGCAGCAAUAUUUUAGCACCGUGGGAUAUGGCCGUUGAAGCACUUCGUGAUACCGGGCCCAAAGAACGAGAUCGAGUACUCGGACUGCUAAGGAAAGUUUUACACGAAAACCAACAACUGCGUUAUAGUAAUCUUCAACUGAGCGAAAUGACACACAAACGUGACGUAAUGAUCAGAGAACUACGAGAGCAACUGCGAGCGUGUCGACACCAUAUGCAAAUUCUCAGUUUACAUGAGACCCCUAUUCAAUCGAAUGGUUUAAACAACCAACAAGGUUUUCAAGAUGAAAAGAUUCGCAGCUUACCAUUGAAAAAAUCAUUAACGAUCUUAGAAGAAAACGAUUUUGUAAACACCAGUCUAACCAAAGAAACUGACCGCGGCGAAAAUGAUAACAACUUAGUGAAAGUGAAUAGCCAAACAAAGUUAUACGAAAGAAAGAAAAGGAAUCAAUCGGAAAAUGAUCAAUUCAGCGAAAAUGAAGUUGAACAGGAAACUUCUGGCAACAGUAAGAAAAACGAUUAUGAUGACGAUAAUGGGAGUGAUAAGGAAAGUGAGGAGGCCGAUAAUGCUGUUGAUACCGUUGAUCAUAUCCGAAGUAACAUCGACAUCGAAGAAACUGGUGAUGAAACAGCGAACAGCAAAAAUGAUGUGUAUGAAAUUGAUAUAGCUACACAGCCGCAACCGAAGCGUUCUAGAAUCGAAAGCGGCAGUGAAAGCAGUGACAGCUCAAACCGAACGUAUGCAAUAAAUAAAGAAAACAUGGGGCGUUUAGUAGAACAUACAUCACAAGCAACUGAUCAUGAUCCCAACUUCGAUUCGGAAGACGAGGCACCGUUAUCGGAUUACGACAACGAGUGCUCAAAAAAUAAAAAUGAUGAUGAAGCGGAGGCCUCCCGUUUUACUCUUACAAAUGGUAGCGGCAGUGAUACAAAUACAUCCGAUGAAGACGGAGAUGAAAGCAGCGCACCCAUAACGAGCUCACAUACGGUAGAGACAGAUGUUCAAGCACCUCACAGCAGCUCUUUAGGUAUAGUACCGACAGCAAGUACGCCCCUGUCGCCUCAUUCAGCCGCAACUGCAGGACAGUUGUUCGACAGCAGCAAUAGUAGUGAUGAAUUGUCAAUGAAGAAAGCCCAAAUGUCAGCAUCUGACGCACUUGCAAAAAUAUCUGAACCUGCGGAUGAUCGCGAGGACUUGGAAAAAGUAAAAGAAAAGACAAAGUUCAACGAAGUUGAAAAAAGUUUUGAGGAUGUUCAAGACAGCACUGGCGAUGAGAUUAAAACUAGUGACAACAGUGAAAAUAUGAAAGUGGGGGCAUUGAACAUUAAAAAAGAGCAAAAUUGUACACGCGAUAGAAGAUUUCUCAGCAAAUCUAUGCCGUCGGGAAAAUCAAAUGAAGUCCAUAAGGCUACAAAAUUCGACGACGAAAAAUUCAGCGUCAGUGCUAAAGUUAACAACAAUAACAUAUGUAAAGAUCAGGUGACCCGAACACCUCUCGCCACGAAGGCAAGUAAAAAAGAAACACCGACAACAAACACCGAGUUAUGGGUCAAAGAGGAGAUAAUGUAACCGUUACAAAGCAAUAAGACUGAUAGUCGGCGUGUUCGAAGGGUCUACGAUAGAGUACAUCAAACCAGGCCAACAUGAUAAGCUCAUUUAGCAUGCUAAUGUGAGAGUACUUUCUUAGUACAAGUGCAAAUACAUACAUAAAUACACACCUUUACUCUGUUUCCUUUGUGAACAGUACAAUUCAUAAUUGUAGUGUAAAUAAUCCAAAUACUCACAUAUGUACAUAAUGUAUUUAUGUGCUUCUCUUUUAAUUAAAUUUAGUCUACUAUGUAGCAGCUGCCAUGCUAAAAUGCUUCAAAGCUUACCACAAGUUCACACAUCAAGACGUAAUUUUCAAGGAUUUUCCUUGGUUUAAAAUGCUGAAGAAUACUGAACUAAAGUAUUACAGUUAUUCAGAUACAUUAAAUAAAGACAUGCAUACAUAUGUGUUUGUGUUUAUGGAAUAUUGAAAUAUUUCAAAUUUAUGAACCGUUACAAUUUUUUAAGAACUUCCACAUAAAUUUUUUGCUUUCACGAAAUAAUCGUUGGAAAAUAGUUAGAUGACAAAAGUUAAUGGUUAAUGCAAUCAACUAGAUUCUAAGCAUAACAAGCAAGGUGAACACAAUGUGAAAAGCUUCAACGCAUACCCACGUGUGUAUUCACAUACUAUAUGUACAUACAUAACAUAAAUAAUACAAACCGUUUUAUUCGUUUGCUAAGUUUUUUUGUACACACCGUUUGUUCUGAAAACAAUUGUUACAAAAUAUUGAGAAUUACUUCUUUCUUAAAUCACUGAAACCCUUUACUAUCAUAUGCAAACAACCUUACUUUUUUUUUUACCAGUUUUUUGGUAAAUGUCCCGUUUUUCGAGUACGCUCUCCCAGUAAUUUCCUUUGGAUUUUUUAAAACAACUGCUCUGUAUUUUCUUGUUAUUCUGUUUAAAGUGCAAAAAUAAGCAUACAAAUAUAUAAAUAUUUACUGAAACCAAAGCUUUAAAAGGAAUUAAAACAAACAAUUUAUUUAAGAAACCUACAUAUGUACAUACACAUACUUGUAUAUUUAUAAUAUUAAUUCAAUAUUUGUAAGUAGGCCUUUUUCAUUUAUUUUGUACAUAUAUGUAUAUUAAUGUCCGUAGUUUAAUUAUUAUUCGUUAAAAAUAUAAUUAGAACCAAACGAUACAGAAAAAAAGCUAUGCACACACACAUAAGUAUACUUAUUUACUACUGUUUUUCGAUAACUCCCGCUAUAUUUGAGUUCAACAAGCACGCAUAGCAAAUACACAUAUACUUGCAUUUUCAGCAUUUUUGUAUGUGAAUAUCUUUAUAAAAUUGUUCAAAAAUCCGGGUAUUUUCUAUGCUGGUGCACACUUAGUCCUUAAAAUUGUUAAAUAUUGAUUAAUAUAGUUACUUCUUCUAACUAUAUUAUUAAUAUACGUAUGUAUUGUAUUUAUAAUAUAUAAUAUAUGAUAUAUGUAUAUUUGUUUAUUAUGUUUGACGCAAAACAAGCCAGAUAAGCCCACCAGUUAAAAUGUAAAUCACUUUUGAUGAAAAAUGCAUGUUUGUAUAAUCAAAUAAGUGAUCAAUAUAUUUUUAUUAAUUGAAAGGUGAAACAACAUAUAUGUACAAUGUACUAUAUGUAUACAGCACAUACAUAGAUAUGUUAACUCAUUAUUAUGUUAACCACAAUAUGAAUACAUGUGUAAUUGAAAUAAUUUUAUAUCACACAUACAUAUAGAAUUAUUUCAAUUACACAUGUAUGCGCAAACAACUUACUCAGUUCGUUUGACAUUAUUUAAUUGUACAAAAAUUGCUAAUAUUUUUUUAUUUAGUAUUGUUUAUAAUAUUUAUUUUAGCAUUAGAACGUUAAUAACCCUACAUACGAUUCUGCCUUCCUUUGUGUCUCCUUAGUCACUUUAUCGUUGUUUUAUUUUUAUAUAUGUAUAUUUCAAAAAUAUUUUGUUGUCUUUUAAUAUUUUGACCAAAUUAGAAUAUAAAUUUCAAUAAAUUUGAACAAUUCAAUGUGAUUUUGUUUUGUUAAAAAAGCAAAGAAAAACAAAAACAAAUUGUAAAGAUUUCUAAAAUCAAAUAAGUUUGUUAAUAAAAAUUAAAUAGUAAAAUAAUAUGAAAAGCCAUUUAUGUUAAUUAAAAUAAUAAUAAUAAUAAUAAUAACAACAAUACCAAAAAGGUGCAAAAUUACAAUUGCGUACAAGAUAUGCUAUCGGAGUUGAAAUACUCCAAUUCCGAUGAGGGUAUGAUGCUAGCACAACAAACAUAACCUUCUAAGAAUAAGAUUGAAUAGGUUACCACUUGUGUAAUUUUGUACAUCAUUAAAAUUCAAACACAAAAAUACUUAAGUAUCCAAAAUAGCUACUAUAAUAUACACAUAUACAUAACAUUUUUGAAAAUUAAUUAUCUAUAGUCGGCUUGACUGUAAACAUAUUGUUUGUAGAAACGAAAAACAAAAAACAAUAUUACAUUACAUUGAAAAGAUAUAUGAAUGAUGACAGUUAAGAAUUUGUGUUAUUGUAAGCUUAAAAAGAAGUUUAAAUUUUCUGAAAAUAAAACUACAAUAAUUUGUAAUAA